CUUGAUUCAUCAAGGACAACAGACGUCGAUCGAAAGUCGAAACGAUCCGGAGUCCUCCACAAACUUCAUAAACGUUGCUCAGGAUGCCCUGAAACCUCCGCAAUAUCUUACAUCGACAUCGCCCCACUCGUUCGUCGAAAACAACAAUCAACAACAUGGCCACCUCGACCUUACCAGCUCCGACCGCAUUCCCUUCUCCAUUCCCAGUACCCUCAAAAUCAACCAGCGGCCACAUCAACGGAGUCCUCACCGAAGUCUCAUCCAUGGUCUUCUCCGACAAAAUACUCAUCACAAUCUCUCAAGCCGGCAAGCUCGCACACUGGGUCCACGUGCCACUCGCGACAGCGACGGCCGAUCCGCUUUCCGGACCAAUUGCAAACUCGUCUUCCGAGAACGAGUUCCUGCCAAUGAGCCAUCUGACAGCGACCACUGUUCUGGGCGGAACCAGACGGGACGACGAGAUCAUAGGUCAGACUUUGGCUACUACGAUUGCUAGUGCCCUUUUGGUGAAGAGACCUCAGGAGGAGCGUCUGCUUGUGAUCGGCGCGGGGUGGGUGAACGCUGCCGAGACUUUGACGGGGAGGGCUCAGUUUGAAGAGGUUCUUGGGCUGGUUUUGGAGGUUUUGUGAGGCAGAGUGGACCCACUACGGUCACACGUUUUGUGCAGCCGAGAAAUGUUCGGCUAUAUUGCGCUCCAUCGGAACAACGCUCAAGUGAGGGAGAUAGCUUCUGGUCACUGCGAACUCCCAAUCCCUGGACGCUCUAUCGGCUGAGAUACGGUACCAUGUAUCUGGAAAGGCCUGGGACAGCCACAGUACGCUCAAGCGAAGUCGAGGAACACGAGGAAAUGCUCUCUGAUCAUGGACCCGCAACAAUGGACAGACGAACAAAAUCGCGAGUCCUCAAGGAGAUCAGCGGAUGAGAAGUGGUUCCAUGGCAAGCUAUUCCAUCUCGCACUCCUGACAAGACACAAUGCCAGCGGGAAGCCAUCUUCUACUCCGGACAAGACACAAUGCCAGCGGGAACACCACCUUACCCCAAAGUCGGCGUAUCUACGGACUCGAAACAUCACGAACCACGAACCGGGCUGGAUGGGCGUGGACUUUCGUGCCGCCCGUGCCACUUGGCCACGAGGCAGUGACUACAGGCUCGGCACGAUACCUGGCUGGUCUGUGAAAGUAGGCCGUGGACCUGGCGAUAUGAAUUCAUGGAACAAUAUCAUGAAUACUCUCCACCGUUCCGGGUUUCACUCCUAUUCUCUCCGAUCUUGUGAAUGACAUCUUCCUCCCUCCUCAUUCCUAUGCCAACACGAUGUAAACUACGUACAAUUUUCGUC